AUGGCGCCAGCCGACUCCGGGAGCAUCACGAUCCGGUUGCAACUGGGAGGCACAAAAAUGGCGCGCGUGCGGGCGGCCGCGCGGGACCCCGCCGGCGCCUCGGCCUCGCCGUCCCCGGCGCCCUCGGCCUGCUCGCGCCAGGCCUGGAGCCGCGACAACCCGGGCUUCGAGGCCGAGGAGGACGAGGACGAGGAGGAGGAGGGCGAGGAGGGCGGCAUGGUGGUGGAGAUGGACGUGGAGUGGCGCCCGGGCGGCCGCAGGCCGGCCUCCGCCUCCGCCGCCGCCGCCGGGGCCGCGGCCGCGGGCCCCUUGGGGGCUCCGCGCGCGCGAAGCGCAGGCCCGCCAGCCUCGGCCGCCGGCGGCGGCGGGGACCCGCUGCGCCGCCACCUCCCGCGGGACGGGCCGCCGCCGCGGGUGGCCUGGGCCGAGAGGCUGGUGCGCGGGCUGCGAGGUAAGAGCGCGCCCCCGGCGGGAGCCAUCGCCCGCUCCGUGUCCCCUGCACGCGCGUCCCCUGCAAGCGCGACCCCUGCAAGCGCGUCCCCUGUAUGCGCGACCCCUGCAAGCGCGUCCCCUGUAUGCGCGACCCCUGCAAGCGCGCCCCCUGCGAACGCGCCCCCUGCGAACGCGCCCCCUGCAAGCGAGUCGCCUUAUGCGCGCCCCCUGCACGCGCGCCCCCUGUAUGCGCGACCCCUGCAAGCGAGUCCCCUGCAAGCGCGCCCCCUGUAUGCACGACCCCUGGGAGCGCGCCCCCUGUACGCGUGUCCCCUGCAAGCGAGUCGCCUGUAUGCGCGACCCCUGCAAGUGAGUCCCCUGCACACGCGCCUCCUGCAAGCGCGCCCCCUGUAUGUGCUCCCCCUGCAAGCGCGACCCCUGUAUGCGCGCUCCCUGCAAGUGAGUCGCCUUAUGUGCGACCCCUGCAAGCGAGUCCCCUGCACGCGCGUGCCCUGCAAGCUUGUCUCUUGCAAGCGCGUGCCCUGUACGCGGGCCCCCUGCACGCGCAUCCCCUGCAAGCGCGAUCCCUGCAAGCGCGAUCCCUGCAAGCGCGUCCCCUGCAUGCGCGACCCCUGCGAGCGCGACCCCUGCGAGCGCGACCCCUGCGAGCGCGACCCCUGCGAGCGCGACCCCUGCACGCGCAUCCCCUGCGAGCGCGUCCCCUGCAUGCGCGACCCCUGCGAGCGCGACCCCUGCACGCGCGACCCCUGCGAGCGCGACCCCUGUGAGCACGCCCCCUGCGAGCGCGACCCCUGUAAGCGCGCCCCCUACAAGCCCGUCCCCUACACACGCGUCCCUGGCAAGCGCACCCCCUGCAAGCGAGUCCCCGGCAAGCGCGACCCCUGCAAGCGCGUCCCCGGCAAGCGCGCCCCCUGCACGCCCAUCCCCUGCAAGCGCGUCCCCACCUCCGCUAGCCCCCUCCAUUUCCAGUGCCUGGUGCGGAAUGCCACUGCGCCCCUGUCCCUGCAGACACGCUGGUUCACGGAAGGCGCCCUGCUGGACGGACUGUACUGGAAUAUGCGGCAGAACCAGACGGAAGCCGACAACGCAGUUUCAUCUUCUACGAGAACCUUUGCUGGGGUGCCCCGUGUGCGGCAGCUCAAGGUCAGAAACGGCUCCUGCUCUGUCCCCCAGGACUUGAGAGACGAGAUCAAAGAGUGCUAUGAUGUUCUCUGCGGCCAGCAGCGAAGACAGGCUCCGUUUGGGCCACGAAAUGGAACCGCUUGGAUCUACACUAGUGAGAAAGACCUGAACGGUAGCAGCCACUGGGGCAUCGUCGCGACCUAUAGCGGCGCCGGCUACUACCUGGAUCUGUCGAGGACCAGAGAGGAGACAGCCGCCCAGCUUGCCAGCCUCCGCAGAAACGUCUGGUUGGACCGGGGGACCCGGGCGACCUUCAUUGACUUUUCCGUGUACAACGCCAACGUUAACCUGUUCUGCGUGGUCAGGUUACUGGCUGAGUUCCCAGCCACCGGUGGGGUGAUCCCGUCUUGGCAGAUUCAGCCCAUGAAGCUGAUGCGUUACGUGACAACCUUUGAUUUCUUCCUGGCAGCCUGCGAGGUCAUCUUUUGUUUCUUCAUCCUUUACUACAUGGUGGAAGAAAUACUGGAAAUUCGCAUUCACAAACUACGCUAUUUCAAGAGUUUCUGGAAUUGUCUGGAUGUUGUGAUCAUCGUGCUGUCAGUGUUAGCUAUAGGAAUUAACAUCUACAGAUCAUCCAGUGUGGAGAUGCUAGUACAGUUUUUGGACGAUCGAAAUACCUUCCCAACCUUCGAGCAUCUGGCCUACUUGCAAAUAGAGUUUUUCAACAACAUGGCUGCCGUCACCACGUUUUUUUGUCUGGAUAAGUCAGAGCCAAUCGUGUCCAUCCUCCCGCAAGAUGUUUACACUCUUAAAAUGUUACCUGAACUGCUAGACAUUCUUUGUUUUUAUAUUGUGUGUUUUGUUUGUUUCGUUUUGUUUUGUUUUGUUUUUAUAGCUUCACUCAAUUCCGUAUCAUUUUGGGCGAUAUCAACUUUGCAGAGAUUGAGGAAGCUAAUCGAAUUUUGGGACCAAUUAUUUCACCUUACUUUGUGUUCUUAUGUCUUCAUUCUUUUGAACAUGUUUUUGGCCAUCAUCAACGAUACUUACUCUGAAGUGAAAUCUGAUUUGGCUCAGCAGAAAGCCGAAAUGGAGAUCUCAGAUCUUGUCAAAAAGGGCUACCAUAAAGCUUUGGUCAAACUAAAACUGAAAAAAGAUUCCGUGGAUGACAUCUCAGAGAGUCUGAAGCAAGGAGGAGGCAAGUUAAACUUCGAUGAACUUCGACAAGAUCUCAAAGGGAAGGGCCACACCGAUGCAGAGAUUGAGGCAAUAUUCACCAAGUAUGACCAGGAUGGAGAUCAAGAACUGACUGAGCACGAGCACCAGCAGAUGAGAGACGAUUUGGAAAAAGAGAGGGAGGACCUCGACUUGGACCACGGCUCCCUACCGCGGCCCAUGAGCAGCCGGAGUUUCCCGAGAAGCUUCGAUGACUCUGAGGAGGACGAUGACGAGGACAGUGGACACAGCUCCAGAAGGAGGGGCAGCGUCUCUAGUGGCGUCUCCUACGAAGAGUUCCAAGUCCUGGUGAGACGGGUGGACCGCAUGGAACAUUCCAUCGGCAGCGUGGUGUCCAAGAUCGACGCGGUGAUCGUGAAGCUGGAGGUCAUGGAGCAGGCCAAGCUGAAGCGCAGGGAGGUGCUGGGACGCCUGCUGGAGGGAGUGGCCGAGGAUGAAAGGCUGGGCCGCGACAGCGACAUCCACCGGGACCAGAUGGAGAGGCUGGUGCGUGGGGAGCUGGAAUGCUGGGAGUCGGACGACGCGGCCUCCCAGACAAGCCAGGGGCUGGGCGUGCCCGAGGGUCCCAACGGGCCACCUCCCCCCAGAAGCUCGAGGCCGCCUUCCUCCCAGUCCACAGAAGGCCUGGAAGGCGGAAGACAACCUGGGAACCCUAACAUGCAUGUAUGACCCACGAGUGUGCGUGUGUGCGUGUGUUAGCGUGUGUCUUCCUAACAGGUGACAGGGUGGCUGUCCCCAACCGCCAUCACAAGAACCCCAUCUAUACGCCCCCGCCCGCCGCAGUGGGAUUCUGAUCUUUGUGACCGACUGUCAACCUUCUGCACUUUAUUUCCUGUAAACUUUACCCUGGGAUCAAAAGACACUUUUUUUCCCCCCCUUUUUCUCAUAUAAGAAAUCUAAGCUGUAAACAUUGAGCACGGAAAAAGACAUCUUUGUAAAAUAUAUGGAGGGGGACACCCAGAAGCUGCCACCACUGAGUAUUCUUGGUUGACAGUAAAGUCGCCUUUUAAAGCUAGAAAGAGAACCACCACAGGGCUUCUGACUUUGCUUUCCAAUCUCACAAAUAAGUAUUGUUAUUUUUGCCCAGUUGGUGAAGAAGAAAGUAGAAGAACAUUCCUUUCUGCUCAGAUAUAGCUCAUGAGCUGAAUCCAUAGCUUUUCUUUUAAGAAAUGAGAUUUUUAUUACGCCUACCUUCCCAGGGUAAACUUUUCUUUUCUUUUUUUUUUUUUU